UAUUAUCAAAGUACAUAUGUCACCAUAUACAACCCUGAGAUUCUUUUUCUUGCAGGCACUCUCAAUAAUAAAUCCAAUAACCAUAAUAGAUUUAAUCAAAGACCGUUCUAACAGGGCAACCAGUGUGCAAAUGACAGCUCUGCAAAUGCAAAAAGAGGAAUAACAAAUAAGCAGUAAGUAUCGAGAACGAGAUGAACAGUUCUUGAAGGUGAGUUCAUAGGUUAUGGGAAGAUUUCAGUGAUAGGGCGAGUGAAGUUAUCCCGUCUGAUUCAUGAGCCUGAUGGUUGAGGGGUAAUAACUGUUUCUGGACAUGGUGGUGUGGGUCCUGACGCGUCUGUGCCUUCUUCCUGAAAACAGAAGCGAGAAGAGAGCAUGACCUGGCUAUAUGGGCUAAUCUUAUUAUAUCGUGCAUUUUAACUGCUUUCCGAACUCCCUAAAAAACGAAAAUCCUGCAACAAAAGGCACAAUUUACUGGAACCCAUCAACACGCAGAGGACUGGAAUAACCAACCGGCCCAUCGCCGCCAUUACGGCGCACACUGCACCCGGCGCGUUCGGCGGCGGCUGGGUGACGCAUUUCCGGCCGCUGUUGGCCUGGUGACGGAGAUUGAUUGAGGAGAAGCUUGAGCUGCUGAGAAAGUUAAUUGGAGCCCCCCCGGCCUAGGCUGAUGUCAGAACAUCCUUCAGGAUGAACCCCCGCAAGGCAUCUGGCACCAAUGGUAAAUCUGACGGUACUGAAAACCUGAGAUGACCAACUGGUUGGUGUGUUCAAAGACAUCUCCAGCUUCUCACUGCUACAGUUAGAGGUUCCAACCUGCUUGAAAAGGGCAGUAAUCAUACUGAUCUCCACGAAGAGCAAGGGCAUGUUUGGUUUAAUUUGGCAUUACCUAUACAGCUCCUUUCUGAGGUCUUGGGUAAAGUGGAUUUUACGAAAAAUCACUGGAAGAUGUGAACUGCAACGCAUUUGUGCAAAUAAUGUUCAAGGAGCAGAGCGAACAAUGAAGAUUGAAUAUUCAUUGGAAUCCUCCAGAAGUGAAGUAUUAAAGUCCUCAGUGACCAUUAAUGAGGAAAAUGUGGAGAACAGAGUUCGUGAGAUCAUGAAGAUCAAAAAUGUUUCCAUUCAAAAAGAUCCACAUUUCAAGUUAAGUUUUCAGAUUUGCUUGCUUCAAAUCACUGGCAUUAAAAAACUCUAUCUUGACGUUGAAAAUCUUCGCAAGCAGCCUUUUGAUUCUUCAAACAAGCAACAUGAAGACAUGCUAAUAAAGCUGUGGAAAUUGUUGAUGCCUAAUAUUCCCCUGGAAUCAAGAAUCACCAAGCAAUGGGGUGAUAUUGGUUUUCAAGGCGAAGAUCCUAAAACUGACUUCAGAGGCAUGGGAAUGCUUGGGCUACAUAAUUUGGUGUUCUUUGGGGAACAUCAUCCAGAAGUGGCACGUCAGACUCUCUCUCAAUCAAAUCAUCCCAAAAUAGGAUAUUCCUAUGCUAUUGUUGGAAUAAAUCUUACUGAAAUGGCUUAUAGUAUGCUGAAAACUGGAUUAUUAAAACCUCAUCUUUACAACUUGGUUUCUGGGGUUCCUCAGUUGCAUCAUUUUCAUGAAUUUUAUUGUUAUCUGAUGUAUGAAUUUAAUCAGUUCUGGUUCAAGGAGCAGCCAUCUAGCAUUAUGGAAUUCAACUACUAUAGAGAACAAUUUCACAAAAGGGUAAAAGAGCUCUUGAUAGAUCCCCACACAGUCCUUACCCUGAAAACAAAUGGACAGUAAAAUGCACGAAACCCAUAAAAUACCACUUAGCAUUAAUUGAGCAAAGUGAGUUUAAGCGGUGGAUAUGUGCAGUGGAUUUGUUUCUUUUAAACAGAAACGUAUCAACAUUUUGUGACGGAAAUUUAGAAUAAGUCCUUUAUCAAAAAGCAUACAUUAAAAUUGUCUCAAGGUGCCUUGCGUUUGGUAGCACAGAUAUCGGUAAUUUAUUUAUGGUAUGAUUCAAACUACGGUAAUGGAACUGGUAAGCAUAUUAAAAGAAGUACUGAUAUGUAUCUAAAUUUGAGUGAUUUUUCAGUUUUAACUUUAGAGGACAGCCUGUUAACAAUAAAUCCAUUUAGUAUUAUUACAGUUUCCUUUGCUGUUAAUGCAGAGGCUUCAUAAGUAUGUCUAAAAUUGUUGUUACUAAUUUCUAACUUUGUUUUACUGCAUUAAAAUAACCUGGGCAUAUUUCGGCUAAUUAUAAGACUGAUAUCAAUGAGAACAAAGUUUUUUUAGAUUUCUUGUAUGAAAUUUUCAGUUGAGGUUAUUGUUUUAGAAAUGAUUCUGUGUUUUUCACAAUUAAAAUUACACACAGAAUUGGAUGGAAAAUGGGUGGCUUGUUAAACCCCACCAGGGCAUUUCCAUCUAGCUUGUGAACAUAUAUAUGCUGUAAAUCUAAGUUUUCCAGCAACAAUAAUUGGUUUUAAUCUGACGGAUGUUUAUUUUGAAAAAUCCUGUGCAUUGCAGAUAAAUUUAUAAAUUAACCUUUGCAUUGGAGCAAUUUUAGCUGACAAUUACACAGAGCUGUGACCAAGUUCAAGUUGUUGACAAUCUUGCUUGUAUAAUUGUGAUGGUCCUCAAAAAAUAAGAACUUGUUAUCACUUUUGUCACAUUGUGAGAAAUGAUAAUAGCACUCACCACCACUCUCCACAAAGACAAAUUAAGAACACCAAAGAAAAUAAUUUCUGGUUGUUGUUAGAGAUUUUGAAGGGGCACAAGAAAAAUGUAAGUUAUGUCUUUUUUUUAAAUUUUGAGCCUCAUCUCACUCAGGAUGGCAGCAGCAGGUGAUAUUUUUUCAUACACCUUUCCUGCUUUUUAUUGAGGAAUGCUUAUUGGUGUAUCACCCUCAGUCGGAUGUUUUGUAUUUAUUACUGGUGUGAUUAACCUAGAUAAUACAUUUAUACUUGAACGUUGAUUAGUUUAUUGAAUGAGAUACUUCCUACCAUCAAAAGAUGCUCUGUUUAAAGUUUAUAUAGAUUUGUACCAGAUGGCUUCCCAUAUAAGUGUAAAAGUAGAACUUAUUUUAUGAACUUUUGCUCAAUUAAAAUUGUAUCU